AUGGAAAUGCAACAGAUUCCCAAUUCCCCGCGUCCACAGGCUCCGUACAGUUUGCCCCCAAAUCAUGCUUACACUAACAACAUCAAAGCUAAUGGAGUGCUGAAUGGUCAGCCUGAUACGGCACUCCAGAGGGCACAGCAGGAGGUGGACAUAUUAAAUCACUGUUUCGAGGAGAUCGAGAUGUUCAUGGUGAAACUUCAGCAGGCAGCCGAAGCUCAGAACAUCCUUGAACAGAGAAACAACAAGAAGAAAAAAAUUAAAAAGAAGGAAGAUGACCUGCUUAGUGCUAAAGCUAAAAUUCCUCCUGAAGCUGAGUUCAUCCAGAUUUUCCAGAAAUUCAAAUACAGCUUCUGUCUUCUGGCAAGGUUAAAGUCAGCCAUUGCUAACCCGACAUCAGAAGAACUCCUGCACCACAUCUUCAGACCUCUGGACAUGAUUGUUAGGACUACAGGAGGUCCUGCAUUGGCAGCAUCAGUGAGAAGUCCUGCAGUGACAGUGGGUGCAGUAACACUCCUUAAAGAGAAUCUUUCACCAGAAGAACAGACAUUCUGGAGCUCCCUGGGAAGCUACUGGACACAAUCAGGGUCAGAAUUAGAUGUUUCCGGAUCUGCGUAUACUCCCUUGUUUCUGAAUGGGUGGAAACCAGCUGGGUCAGAGCUCGAGAGCUGGAUCGAUCCCAUCCAAGCAGAACACAACAAAGAUGAAAAGCAGAAAAAGCUAGCGCUCCAGAGUUCUGUUCAGCCUUCUGUUCCUGAGAUUCCUGACCAGAACACACACACUGAAGUUGACGGUGCGCCGCUAAAGGAGAGGCUUUACCGCUGCAGCUAUGACUUUGUGGCUCGAAACAGCAGUGAGCUCUCAGUCCUACAGGGAGAGACACUGGAGGUGAUUGAAUCUUCUAAACGAUGGUGGAAGUGUCGCAACAGGUUUAAUGAAGUUGGUUUUGUCCCCUUCAACAUUCUGGAGCCUAUUUCUCACAUUGAGAGUCCUGGCCCCAACAACCCCCCCAAGGCUCCAGCACCUCCAUCAAUGCAGAAGACAAGCACUCUGCCUCUGCCCAGUUCCCUUGGCCGGACCUCUGACCUUAACACCUCACGUCCUCGCAGCAUCGCCCUGCCACCCCAACACCUGUCUGAGGACACAGAAAAAGUGAUGCAGGUUAACGAUGAGCUCCUGCAGAGACUGACCAGUGGGAAAGCAGCUUUGUCUCGUCCUUUGCUUAUCCCUCGCUCUGCAGAUACAUCACUUCCUUUGGACUUUUACUCGCCUCCUGCUGAGGUUGAGGCCUGGCUACGUGGGAAAGGCUUCUGUGAAUCGACUGUACAGUGUCUUCGUGUAUUAACAGGAGCUCAGCUCUUUUCUCUGAAUAAGGAGGAACUUCGUGCAGUCAUUCCAGAAGAAGGAGCGAGAGUGUACAGCCAAGUUGCUGUACAGAAAGCACUGCUGGAGGAUGGCAAAAAGGCAACAGAGCUGGAGACAGUGAUGGAGAAACAGAAGAUGAAAGUGGAUUUUACAGCGGAAAGUGGAACACUUUAAAGUACACAUCAUGCCAAAAUCUACCCUCUAUACCCCACGCUGCAAUUAAACACACAGAUGUAAUGUAUAUAAUAAACGGUGGUGUAAAUGGUAUGGUUUAAAAAAAAAAAAGAUAUGAAAUUACUUUCACACACAUAUACACAUGCACACAUGCACAUAUGGCCACACCCCCUGUCUAAAUAACUCAUUAUAGAGUGCUCGUCACACACCUCCACUAAUCAAGUCCAUUUUAAGG